AUGACUCGUGGAAUUUCUCUAUUAGACGACCUAAAAUAUAUCCUAAACAAUCAACAAUACAGCGACGUAAAGAUCAAAUGUUCUGAUGACAAAAUUCUAUAUGGGUGCCGCAUUUUAUUGGCCGCUCGCUGUGAAAUACUUGACGGAAUGCUUUAUAAUGCGAAACAUGAAGCCACUUCUGACGAAAUAUCAUUUCCCGAAAUAUUAAGCUCCACUAUGAAAAUUAUAUUAUUAUAUCUUUAUACCGGAGAGACCAACAAAGAUAACUUAGAUUCUAGAAAUGCAAUCAACGUUCUCCACGCGGCAAACUUUUUACAUUUGCCCUCUUUGGAAACAUUCGUUUCGAAUUUCAUUGACUCUUUAUUAAAAAGUAAACAAAAUACUUUCAAUGUAGUCCAUCUUUUUUCCUCAGUCGUUGUUAAAUACAAAAGUCGACUCGAUAAACAAAAUCCAGUAAUUAAGAGAAUUUAUAAAAAGAUGAUUGCCAUCCAGCUCGACACGAUUCCUUAUGAUAUGGUACCUUACAACAUGUUGGAUGUUCUUUUGUCGCAAGUUUCAGCAAAAGAUGAGUCCUUCGUUACCAACGAGUACGGUAUUUUGCGCUAUGUUAUUUUAUGGGGUGCCAAAGAAAUCUCUUUUGAAGCAUUGAAUAAUUUUUCCAAAUUGUUGCCAAACGAGAAGUCUAUUGCAAAAUAUUGCAGAGAGAAGAAUGUGGAUGCACACAGAGUUUCUGUAGAUUCUACAAUUUCUACAAUCGGCAACGUAAGAAAUCAUCUAAUCAAGAAAAUCAAAGGAUUACUUCUUUAUAUUCAUUUGGAAUUGAUUCCUGCCAAAAUUUUAGGAUGUGUUAUUGAUCCUUUGAAAAUUCUUCCAGAAGACAGAUUAUUGAAAGCAUACCGAUUUCAUUCUAUUAGACCUCAAGAUAAUUCACUGAUUACACAUAGAGGAUUUAUGUUCAAAUGGGAUCAAACAGCAUGUGGAUCUAUUCUGAUUCUAAGCAAUGACAAAACCGAAGUAGAAGCGGUUAGUGCUCAUCGUCACGUACAAUCAAUUCGAGCUAUGCAAGCACUUUUUGAUAAACAAACAAUCGAAUGGGAUAUUCUGAUUCAAAAAAUUGGAAAGUUAAUUUCAGUUGGUGUUUGUACGGAAGAAUGUGAUUUUUCAAAAAAUCUUAGUAUUCAGUCAACUGGUUGGUGCAUGAGCUCUACAGGCUCCUAUUAUCAUAAUAAUAUUUCGACAAAAUAUGAGCUACCACCUUUUAUAGAAAAAGACAUCAUUACGAUUCAUUUAGAUAUGACGCAAAGAACUUGUGCCUUCUCAAUUAACGGGAAUAGAAUGAAAACAGCAUUUUCUAAUUUGCCCGAAAAAAUUUAUCCGGCUUUGGAAUUGGAAACAGGCGCCAAAGCGCAAAUCAUAUAUAAAGCUAAUUAA